AUGCUCGCCACAACAUCCCCUCUCUCCUCCCGCUCCACCACCUACUACGGCCUCAUUCUCGCCACCGACUCAGGAUGCAGUCCAGACCAAACAACUCAAGUCCUCAACGCCAUCAUUGACAUGCGUUCCCCUUGCAACAGCGCCAUCUACACUCUCGAGCCCCCAUCCAACAGUCUCUCCUCCCACUUCUUCGAACCCAGCGACUUCUCCUCCGCGAGUGCCGUUUUCAACGCCGGCCUCUUCGCGACCCGACCUCUGCAAGACCUACCCACAGACGCCUUCCCCAGCCACGACCAAGUCCAACUCUUUUGCGCCAACGACACCGACGCCACCUGCAACUCGCUAUCCCAAGGCGACGACAAAAGCUCCGAAACCACAACAUGGGGCUACAUCGGCGCGAAUCCCGUCGCCGCGCAAAUCUACGCCUGUCCCGCCCUCCUCAACAGCACCCUCCCCCGCGACGCGCCCUCGUGCACCGGGACGCCUGGCCAAGCGACCCUGGGGUGGGCGUUCUUGCGGACGUUUGUGCAACUCAAGACGUUACAGACGGUUGGGAAAUUGGACAGCUCGGAAAUUAUUGCCGAUCAGCACCGGGGUUACGCAGAGUCAUGA